AUGUCCCGGCAGGGCUGUGAGGAGUGCAGCCAGCAGCAUCCGCCCGUGGAGAGGGAAAAGAAUGCAAGUAAGAAACCACAUAAAUUCCUGGACUGUGGAAAGAGCUUCAACCGGAGAGCACAUCUUACAGUACACCAUAGAAUCCACACUGGGGAGAAACCCCAUCAAUGCCUGGAGUGUGGAAAGAUCUUCAGCACGAGUGCACAUCUUAAUAGACACCAUAGAACCCACACUGGGGAGAAACCACAUAAAUGCCUGGAAUGUGGAAAGAGCUUCAGCAGAAGUGGAGAACUUAAUAUACACCAUAGAACCCACACUGGGGAGAAACCACAUAAAUGCCUGGAAUGUGGAAAGAGCUUCAGCACAAGUAGAGACCUUAAUAUACACCAUAGAACCCACACUGGGGAGAAAACACAUAAAUGCCUAGAGUGUGGAAAAAGCUUCAGCAGGAGUGAAAACCUUCAUAGACACCAUAGAACCCACACUGGGGAGAAACCGUAUAAAUGCCUGGAGUGUGGAAGGAGCUUCAGCACGAGUAGUCAUCUUAAUGCACACCAUAGAACCCACACUGGGGAGAAACCACAUAAAUGCCUGGAGUGUGGAAAAAGCUUCAGCUCGAGUAGUCAUCUUAAUGCACACCAUAGAACCCACACUGGGGAGAAACCACAUAAAUGCCUGGAGUGCGGAAAGAGCUUCAGCACGAGUGGACAUCUUAAUAUACACCAUAGAACCCACACUGGGGAGAAACCACAUAAAUGCCUGGAGUGUGGAAUGAGCUUCAGCAGGAGUGGAAACCUUAAUAUACACCAUAGAACCCACACUGGGGAGAAACUACAUAAAUGCCUGGAGUGUGGAAAGAGCUUCAGCAUGAGUGGAAGCCUUCAUCGACACCACAGAACCCACACUGGGGAGAAACCACAUAAAUGUCUGGAGUGUGGGAAGAACUUCAGCACGAGGGGACAUCUUAAUAGACACCAUAGAACCCACACUGGGGAGAAACCACAUAAAUGCCUGGAGUGUGGAAGGAGCUUCAGCAUGAGUAAAAAUCUGUAUAGACACCAUAGAACCCACACUGGGGAGAAACCACAUAAAUGCCUGGAGUGUGGAAAGAACUUCAGCACGAGGGGACAUCUUAAUAGACACCAUAGAACCCACACUGGGGAGAAACCACAUAAAUGCCUGGAGUGUGGAAAGAGCUUCAGCAUGAGUAAAAAUCUUUAUAGACACCAUAGAACCCACACUGGGGAGAAACCACAUAAAUGCCUGGAGUGUGGAAAGAGCUUCAGCAUGAGUGGAAAUCUUUAUAGACACCAUAGAACCCACACUGGAGAGAAACCACAUAAAUGCCUGGAGUGUUAAAAAGAACUUCAGGAGGAAGGCAAGCCUUACUGCACAUGAGCAAACUCACAGGGCAUAAAAACCAUACCCAUGAAACUGCAGAGAAAAUGUGUAAAAAUGUGCCUCACUGUGUGAAAUAUAAAACCUUGUCACAUUUCCUUUCUCUUCUGACUUGCUUUUACCCUUGUUACCUUCUGAGGCAUUUGGGACCCCUUGUUCAUACUGGUGUGUUUGGUUCUGUGUUAAGAAACAGUCUGCAUAAUUCAGUCCAACUGA